UUAUACGAAACUCAUCCAAAUGUGUGAUUUAUCAAAAAAUAAAUAUAAAGAAUUUUGAAUGAAACGCACCGAUCCAAACUCAAAAUCGUAUCCAAUAAGAAACAAAAAUCAUUAUAACGAUAUAAAUAAGCUAUAAUAAUUCCAAAUAAAAUGAUGGGUCAAGUCCAUAAUUUCCAAAUUUUUACUUUAUACAUACUCUGUCUGGAAGUAUUAUCAAUAAAUUCUCGAACUUCAUCCAUGUGGAAAUUAAAUUAUGAUGAGGAUAAAAUUGUGGAGGUUAAUCCGUUUCAACAAAUACUUUCAAUAUCUUACGAUGACAAAGCAUUGCAAGAAUUUGGGGAGGAUGACCCUAUCUUUGGAAUUAUUACUUCAACUGUGUAUAUUGAACAUUCUUGGAUAAAACAAGGUGUGGAAUAUUAUUGCACAAGGUGUACACAACAAAAUCAAAGCUCAAAGAAUUGGACGAGAAAUAUUGAUAUUAAAACUGAACAAGAGAAUAUAGAUGAAGUUUUAGACUGUGGAAAACCGGUAAAUUUUACUUAUUACGACAAUUUGGUAGGAAUUUUAAAUCGCAAUAAACAUCCCAAUGUCCCUGAACCACGAUUAGAUUUAAUUUUAACUAAGUCAAAGAAAACUGGUAAAGGAUUGGAGUUCGAUAUAAAUGCUUUAGAAAGGCGUUUAAAAAAAGCCAAGAAAGAAAAACCUAAAUCCAUCCAUCUUUAUAAUCAAAUUGGAAACUUUUGGAGAAUAAAAGGUAAUUCAAGAAAAGCAAUAGAAUGUUUUAGGAGAGCUUUAGCUGUGUCCCCACACAAUGCAGAGGUUUUACUAAACCUUGCCAGGGUUUUAUACACACUCCAAUAUUUAGAUGAUGCAAUUUACUUAACAAGAAGAUCCCUCGAAGUUCAACCUCCAGAUAAAGGGGCUUGGUUACAAUAUUUCACAUUGGGAGAAAUUUUUAAAGCUUAUGGACAACAUCAAGAUGCAAUAGUACAUUUAAGGCAUACUCUAGAGCUCAAACCAGGUUUUGAACCAGCUCAAUUAGCUUUAAAGGAAAUGGAGGAAACUCCACCCGAUCCUUUACAUACUUACACUUUAGUUAUUAUUAUAUGUUUGAUUUUGGCAGUUUUAUUAGUUGUAAUAACAUCUAUGGAUACAACUGAAACAGAAUGUCCAGAAACUAAACCUCAUCGCCAUUUUAAUAAAGCUAUGGCGAUGAGAUCUUUGAGAGGACUUGGUAUAUCGCAAAGAAGUUCGCGAUCAAAAAGAUUGUCAUGUUAAAUGCUUCCUGUUUAGAUGAGAGUUGUUUUGUUUCCCUUUAAUUAUUAGUUAAUCGUUUUAACUUAUUAUUUUUUUUUUAAUAACCUCUCCAACUAUUUGUAAUUGUAUUGUUUACUAUUGAUGUGCCAUUUUUAAAUGUAAUAAUAAACUAUAAAUGUAUAAAAUAUUC